AUGACAACACCACUUGUACUGUCGAAGCGGCUGCUUAGGCCUGCCCUGACCGUGCAAACCCAUAUGAUGCAGUCAUCUGGCCGCUGUCGUCAGGUGUGUAUUCGACGCUUCCACCCAGGCGUUGGCGCAGAUUCCGUCACACAACCGAUGCGAACCCCCUCCCGGUUUCGUAGAGCCAUCGCAUUCAGCGCGUUUGGGCUGCUCUUCGCAGGUCUGGGAUUUACUGCCGCUGCGAGCCCUCUCGUGCCUGGUCUUCUCGACGUAACACGGCAUCGUUCCGACGAGGAUAGCUUGCGCGCAUAUGUCCCUGAGGAUGACGGAGCAAAAGCAAUCGACGACUUCAUCAACGGCCAUCCCCUUGCGGCGGAGAUGCGACAGAACCCUGAAAUGACUGAGUCUCGUCCUCACAUGAGGCUUCCUGAUGCUCUACGACGUCACAAUCUUACAGGUGGUACGCUCCUGGGCCCCGGACGCAUUACAGUUCCUCCCAUCUGCUGGACCGAGAAGGGUGGCAAGUCGCUCGUCUCCAUCUCUCACCUCGGGACCGACGUGUGCGGUCAUCCUGGCAUUGUGCAUGGUGGGCUGCUUGCUACCAUGCUCGACGAGGGACUGGCACGGUGCUGCUUUGCUGCGCUUCCGCACAAAGUCGGUGUUACGGCUAAGCUCGAGAUCAACUACAGGAAACCGGUACACGCAGGCACGUAUGUCGUGUUGCGGGCGCGGACAAUCAGAGUCGAAGGACGUAAGGCUUGGGUUGAGGGCCAGCUGGAAACGUUGGCAACAGAAGGAGAGGAGCCUGUGGUUCUGGCGCAGGCUUCGGCGCUGUUCAUUUCUCCCAGGUUUGCAUCGAUUAUGGCGAAGCUCAAUGCAACUUCUUGA